UCUUCCCCUUCCCCUUCUCCACCCACAGACAUCUCAGAGCCUUCCUACUUCCUAACUUCAUGGUAUCGCCCUCUUGGGAUUCCCCAUUGCGUUUCUAAUGGUAAGUCUAUGGGGAAUCCCUUCGUCAGAUUGGUGCCGGCCUGUACUUUGUCACAGUCACACUACAAAUUUUCUGGUCCCGAUGAUUACUGCAUUUGGGCAGGGGCGGAAACCCGAAUCUUGCCCGAAUCUCAGUUUACAUCUGGUGCUGCUUCGCCUAAUUUAUCUGGUGAUAUAAAUUCAGCGCCAUACGAUGUAGUUACAAAUCCCUAUUAUCCUUUUGCUGGUACCACUGUGUUUCUUGGGGUUCCAGUCGCUAUGGAUUCACCUUUGUAUGCUCGAAUGUCCGGAGAUCUAGUCCCGGGAACGUAUUACAAUGGCCAUUACGUCCCUACCUCCGCAGAAGUGACAGAGUACCAAUCAACCCGUGAACCUUGGGCUUCAUCUGUAAAAUACGGCUAUUACGGAUUAUACUUCUUCGCCGUGACCAUCUUCAUUGCGAUCUUGUUUAAUGUUCACUUCAGGAUUCUUCAGCGACGCAGCCUCGCCGCUGCGUCAGCAUCUCAAGCGCUGACCUUGCAGGAUAAAUCCUACGCCCUCUUUCGACUUCUCACGUAUCCACGCAUUCCUAUCUCAGUCAACAGGUUCAUCUCUCCGUGGUACACUGCAGGAAACCAGGGCCAGACGUUACUUCUCGCUGCGGGAUUUCUUUUCACCACCCUUUACUGCUUCGCCGACACAUAUUACUACAGGCCCCCGUUUUACGGAUCUUCCCCUCUUGGCCUGCGAAGCGAAUGGCUGGCCAUGGCGAUGCUCCCAUUUCUCAUUGUAUUCGCUCACAAAAUCAACUUCAUUGGUACUUUGAUAGGUAGCUCCCACGAGAAGAUGCAGGUACUCCAUCAAGGAGUGGCGGGCUUGCAUUUGUAUAUGUCCUUGGUACACACCAUUUCCAUGACGAUACGCUCCAUUCGGGAACGCGGAAUUCGCUAUGACUUUUGGAAUAAUGAUUCGUACUAUACCGGUUUCAUUGCUCUGGCGCCGUUGAUCUGGCUUUGCUGUGCCAGCCUUCCAAUCUUCCGCAAGGCCGGGUACGAGUGUUUCUGGAUUCUUCAUCUUGUAGCUGUUGGCAUGUACUUUGGAUUCUUGUGGCUUCACUGCUGGGAUUCCCUCGACGGAGGAGACUACAUGUAUGCGACAUUUGCAGUCUUCGCCUGGGGCGUUGUGCUUCGUGUUGGUUACAUGAUAUAUGUCAACCUCCAUAUCCACGUCGCCCGUGUCCAUGUAACACCAUCAGGCAUAUUACAUCUCCGUAUUCCUACGAAACUUCGAUGGUCCCCCGGUCAGCAUAUAUUCCUUCGUUUCCUCAGUGUACGUCCAUUGGAGUCCCACCCUUUCUCCAUCACUACCAUACUGAAUGGCAACGACCAACCGAACGAGAUGUCCUUUUACAUCGUACCUAUGAAGGGUUUCACCAGUUCUCUCAAAGAUUAUUGUAAACAAGCUGGUGGUCGCCGCGACCUCUUUGUUCUCCUCGAUGGUCCCUUCGGACAUUCAACGCCAGAACUCCGAGCUUUCGACAAGGCUUUGCUCAUCGCUGGAGGCAGUGGCAUCGCGUAUAUUCUGCCCAUCUUUCAAGAUCUCGUUCGAUGCCGUAAAGGCGAAGUCGGUGCGAAGACACGGUGCAACAAAAUUGAGUUAGUUUGGGUAGUUCGGUCUAGAGAUCAAUUUCAGAAGAUGGAACAAUACAUCGCUGACACUAUUAAAGGCCUCAACGACGACGGUGUUUCUGUAAGCUUUUUCGUCACCGGGAAAGAUAUUAGGUCAGAGGGGAUAGAAAGCAGCUCGGAUGAUGACUUUGUAGGUGAUGCGAAAGAGAAGUCAUUGUCUGAGGCGUUACCGGCGCUUUGGCACGCUGGCCGCCCAAACCUACCUGACAUUAUCCGGGAAAAAUCCCAGACUAUGGGAAGGACGUGUUGCAGUAACCAACCAACUUCCUUCCUUCCUUCGCCAGCAUGCGGGUCGGAAUCGAUCAUAUCUGAUGUCAGCAAUACCGUUGCCGGCGUACAAAUCGAUAUACUCCAAAGAAAGACGACAUGUCAAGAGAUGUAUCUGCAGACUGACGCUUAUGGUUGGUAGCGCUGGUAAAUUAUACAUAUCCGUUAUGAAUGUAUGGAGAAGCAGAUUAUG